GCAAGGAAACCCUCAGAGGCCAGAGCCGGCCGCCUCCCUCCCUCGUUUCAAACUCGCCGAAUCUCAGCGAACGGUCGCCGAAAUUUCAAAAUCCCCCAUCACAACGAGCGGGAUCCUCCCCCGUUUCGAAUUUCAAACACCCCACUCCCCACCCCUUAUUUCCACUCACGAGGCGUGCCCAUCUAGCUACCCAUCCCGUCGCAUCGAGCCGGCCUCCCUCGCGUGUCCGCUGGGGCAUUCCGUCGAGCGCCGCGCGAGCGGAUGGAAUGGGGCGGCGAGACCGGCAUGAACGCCGUCCCCGACGGCGUCGUGCAGCACAUCCUGUCGAUGCUCAGCAACGUCCGCGACGUGGCCGCCUGCGCCUGCGUCUGCCGCCGCUGGCGCGACUGCGUCCCCUACCUGCCCGCGCUCUUCUUCCCGCGGAACGCCUUCGACGCGGCCGCGGCGGCCAGGGGCGCCGCGGACGACGCCAUCGGCCGGAUGGUCGCAUCCGUCGCGCGCCUCAGGGAGCUCGUCAUCUACUGCCCCUUCUCCAUGGCGCGCCUCCCGGACUGGCUCGGCGCGCGGAGCGCCACGCUGCGGGUGCUCGAGCUGCGGAUGGACGCCGCCGCCGACAAGGCGGACGGGCACCUCGACUGCAUCGGCCUGGCGGCGAACCUGGAGGAGCUCAGGCUCUGGGGCGUGUCGCUCACGGCCGCGCCGGCGUGGGGCCGGAUGGAGCGCCUCCGCAUGCUGGAGGUCGUCGGCGCGCCGCUGCGGGACAGCGCCGUGAGGGACGCCAUCGCCGCGUGCCCCAACCUCACCGACCUGUCGAUGCUUGGCUGCGACUGCUCAGGCACGGUGGCUGUGGAUCUUCACCUGCUCGAGCGCUGCAGGCUCGACAUCCUCGGCGCCGGCAACUGCUCACUCCUGCUUACCGCACCUCGCCUCGAGUCGCUCGAGGUCCAGGGCUUCACCUGGAUCACUCUGCGGGGACACAGCCUCCGUCGUCUCUCAAUUGCCAAGAGCACCGGGAGGGUGCACAAGGUGGACACUGGGACGCUCCCAGAUCUGGAUCACCUCUCCCUGCGUGGCGUUCAGUGGAACUGGGCCGCAGUGAGCUCGGUGCUGCAGUGCGCGAGCGAGGUGAAGCACCUGGUGAUGAAGAUCGAGUUCUGCGGCGACUUGGACGCGCUCCAACCGUUCCCGGAGGUUGAUUUGGUCGACUUCUUCAACAGGCACCCCAAGCUCCGCAAGUUUGAGAUUCAUGGUGCCAUGUUCGCCGCCAUGUGCCAGAAAAAUAGCCUCAAAAACUUGGAUUCAAGAUUCAUCAUCCCUUGCUUGGAAGAGGUUCUGAUCACUGUGCGCUCGCCACUCAAUGCUGAACAAAAGUUGAACACUCUGGAGUCGCUUGUGAAGUACAGUGUGAAGCUGCGGACAAUGGUCAUCAGGAUCUCACAGAUGAAGAAUUGCCAUGAAGCUGCCGAUGAUUUCUUUGAGGAGAUAUGUAAGUUCAAAUACAUGAACUACAAGAAAGUGCGAAUUGAAUAAAUGGAGAUGCUGUUUUGAUUCCUAAGUUAAUUUGAUUGAGGACUUGAUUUUUUCUUGCAUUCCAGAAUAAUUUUUUUUUGUUAGUAUUGAUGGAGGAUCCAUUUUCAACCCUCCUAAGUAGUUUAUUAAGUUAUGUUUUUGUUUGUUUGUUUUCAUCUAGUGCAUAAAUUGAGUACUAGAGGGUGUUGUUGAAACAAUUUCGAUUGAGUGUUGAGCUUGCAAACCAUUGUUGUAAUCGGCUCUACUGCCUUAGCAAACAUUUCAUCUUAUGAACAUUUUCAAGCAUUAACAUCAAUGUUGUUACUGUUCA